AUCGAAGAAGUGACUAUCACGGACGACGAUUUUAUCCACCUUGAGGGCCUGUACGAUGAUGAAACCAAGGUGGUCUCGGUCGCGUCUACUGAUUUUAUGAUCGCAGAGCAGCAUCUCGGCAUGGAUAAUUCCGAGGUAUCAUACUGGGAGAUAUUGAGUACCUCAAUGAUGUUGCCGGGCAAAAGAUGGCGUCCAUAGCACCAUCGCCGACAGAAGACACGUUGGUAUUCGAGGUGAAAUCAAUCGACGCUGACGCCGGUACCAUCGAGUACAUAAUGCAAGAAGAAUCGACCAGUAGCGAAGAAGAACGGAAGCCACUACUUAGGGAGCUUGCAUCCGUGAAGAAAGAGCGCAAAAUUCCUCCCCACAUGCGCCCGAAGAAUGAUUGUGAAGCCCGUUUCGAGUGUCCCAAGUGCGGGAAGGGUUACUCGCUAGCGAAAAACAUGCGUCGGCAUGCCCGAUUGGAAUGCGACCAAGAGCCCAAGUUUGCAUGUCCGCACUGUCCACUGCGCUGCAAACGGAACAAUCAACUGAAGAGACACAUCACAUCCCGGCAUCUCAACAAGUCCUGAAUGUAAAGAUUGUAACUGUUUUGUUGGUUGGCCAUUUGAGCCGGUUGAUGUUAUUCUGUUCACCAUAUCGGUCAUCUCUACCCAUGGUGGUUGCUUGCUAAAACGGUCGUUUGCUUUCUUUAUCGUUAGCCGCAAAGUCAUUAGAGGGUUUCUGAAUAUUUGAGCGUAAAUGACGAGAUUCACUAUGACGUAUUGAUGAAUACUAAGCAAAUAUAUUUAUGUUUUUUGUCGAUGAAUCUUGGCCUAGUACCUGUUGAAUAUAAAAUUUCUAUUUUGAAUUCCGAGCAACACAAAUUAUUAAAAAUGAUCGUAAUUCAACGAAUCAAUGUUAGUAAAUAACGCGAAUUCUAAACGAUUCCAUGUGGAAAACGAUUGUGUUACAAACGACCUACUGCCAAGUGUUUUCCUUACUUAUGACCAAUUGAUUUGCAAAUAUGUGCUGUAACAAACACAGUGCAUUUAGCCAAAUACGAAUAGAAACGAAUAGUAUUGCAUUGUUGUUCGGUUAAUUGAUUUCUACAACUAAUAUUGCAUUUUGAUAGUAAGUCUACGUUUCCAAAAAAUAUUUGCUUAUUCUAUCAAUGAAGAACAAAACUGUAUAGCUGGCUUGUUUUGCAUCGUUUAUUGUCUGGCCGAUUUUGUGCAUUGAUGACACACAACUAACAUUUGAAUAAAAACAACGCAAGGUUAUUGUCUAACAAAACUAUUGUUUUAACUGAAAAUGCUGAGUCCUUGGUAUCUUUUGGUACUCUUUUUUUGUUUGUAAAUUUCGGUUUUCUCAUAACACUAUUGGUGUAAAUACACUUUAAAUAUUUUCAUAACAGACCUCGGUAGUGCCUUUAGAAUGUUUUAGUCAAUACGGAGUAUAAAUUCGAUAAGCGGCGGGUGUUUGUACUAGUUAUUUGUGGCUCUUCUUCUAUACUAAUUCGUUUGUUUCC